AUGCAAGCCCCAAUCGCUCAAGCGGUCACUGUAAGCCUGAAGGAAUUGCAAGAUGGAACCGUGUCCUUCGAUAGCCUCACCGAGGCCUUUGGACCCUCGUCGUUGGGGAUCAUCAUUGUAAAAGAUCUUCCCGAGCAAUUUCAACAGCUCCGCGCGCAAGUCUUAUCGCAUGCAUCCUAUCUUGCUGCGCUUCCCUCCUCGGAUUUGGAAUCUCUUGAGAGCCCUGAAUCUAAAUAUCUCGUCGGCUGGUCUUGUGGCAAAGAGACCCUGAAAUCGGGCACCUUUGACACGCUCAAGGGCUCAUAUUAUGUCAACUGUGCCUUCUACCAAGAUCCAUCACUGCAAAGUGCUCCCGCAGAUGGCUUUCCUGAUCUUCCUCAGUACACCGCGCCCAAUAUUUGGCCUCCAGAGCGCAAGCUGCCAAGUUUCCGCCCUUCUGUCGAGGCCCUCUGCUCGUUGAUCAUCGACACCGCUGCACUCGUUGCCCAGGCCUGUGACCGCUAUGCCGAGGCUAAUAUCGAAGGCUACAAGCCCGGUUAUCUCGCCCACGUCGUCAAGGGCAGUCUCACGACCAAGGCGCGUCUGUUGCACUACUUCCCCGCUAACGAUGCCCCCGCCUCAAUGUCCAACCCCACACCCGCUUCAAAGGAAGAAGAAGACGACGAUGACUGGUGCGCAACACACGUCGACCACGGCUGUCUGACCGGUCUCACAUCGGCCAUGUUCCUCGACGAAGCAGCCACUCUGCCCGUUCCAGAACCCACCCCUACUACCUCUCUCCCCGAGCUGCCCCAGUCUCCCGACCCGGCAGCUGGUCUCUACAUUCGCUCACGAACCGGAGACGUGGUCAAAGUCAAUAUUCCCAAGGACUGCCUGGCUUUCCAGACCGGCGAGGCGCUGCAACUGAUCACCAAGGGAAAGUUCCGUGCCGUGCCGCAUUUUGUAAAGGGAGCACGCGCGGUAGGUGGCAAGCAGCGCAUUGCGCGGAACACGUUGGCGGUGUUCACGCAACCCAAUCUCAAUGAGGAAGUGCAGGAAGGGUUGACUUUUGCCGAAUUCGCCCGGGGAGUGGUCGCGAAGAAUUACGACAAUGACGAGAGUCAGAAGUGA